AUGGGCACCAGCACUGAAGUCCAGAAAUACAGCGAGGAUGAUCUCCCUGAGUUCACUCCCAUGCCUUGGUCUCUCAAAGAAAUUCGUGCAGCGGUCCCACCUGAGUUCUUCAUCAGAGACACGCCUCGCGGCUUACUUUACUUUGCCCGCGAUGUCCUAAUGGCCGCUGCCAUUUGGACUAUUGGGACCUACAUCGACCCGUAUUUCCAGAGCAACGCCACCAAGGAUCUUCUUACCCCACUCGGUGCUCAAGUUGCUCGUUGGGCUGCCUGGGGCGUCUACUGGUGGUUCCAGGGUCUCGUCUUCACUGGCAUCUGGGUUAUUGGACACGAGUGCGGCCAUGGUGCCUUUUCCGACCACAAGAUCGUCAAUGACGUUCUAGGCUUUAUCACUCACACGUUCCUUUGGACUCCGUACUUCUCCUGGAGGAUCUCUCACCACCGCCACCACUCGAAUCAUGCUUCUAUGGAACGCGAUGAAGUCUAUGUCCCCAAGACCCGCGAGGACCUGAACAUCCCCGAUAAGCCCAACCAUGAAAUUGAUUGGGACGAGAUCUUCGGCGACACCCCCAUCUACACUCUGUACAUGCUGAUCCGCCAGCAGUUUUUGGCUUUCCCGGCCUACCUUCUUUUCAACGUUUCCGGACAGAAGACUUAUCCGAAGUGGACUAACCACUUUGAUCCCAAUUCGAUCCUCUUCACUAAGGAACAGCGAAAUGCCGUCAUUAUCUCGAACAUCGGUAUCGCCAGCAUGGUCUGGGGUGUCACCUACGCAUCGUCUCUCUUUGGUGCCGCCAAUGUGCUCAAGUUCUAUGGCAUUCCCUGGCUGCUCGUCUCCCACUGGUUCAUUAUGAUCACCUACCUCCAUCACACUGACCCAAUGCUUCCCCACUACCGUGGCAAGGAAUGGAACUUCCAGCGCGGUGCGGCUGCGACUGUCGACAGGAAUUUCCUCGGAUGGCAAGGCCGCUUCUUCCUGCACGAUGUCGCCCACUUCCAUGUUAUUCACCACUUCUUCCCGAAGAUGCCUUUCUACCAUGGACCCGAAGCCACCCAGCACUUGAAGGCAUUCAUUGGCGAUCAUUAUGCAUACUCCGACAAGCCGGUCUUCCAGGCACUGUGGGAAAGCUAUAACAAGUGCCAAUUCGUCGAAAAUGAGGGCGACGUCCUCUUUUACCGCGACAAGAAGGGCGAGGCACUCCGUCGCCCUGCUGACCAGUAUAAGCUCAAGACCAAGUCUCAGUAA